GAACGAAUGGAUGAGCACAAUGAAUGGACUGUUCUCGCAUUCUCUCUCACCCUCUCCAUUGCACUUUCUCCCGGUUUCUUUAUUGCCUUCCUCUUUCUCUCUUUAAGUUAAAACAAAGACGUCUUUGGAAAACACCUUUUUUUUAUCGACACCACUCGUUCGCCCAUCUCACACCACCAUUUUUACCGUCACUUAAUAAUACAGUUAAUUUUUUGCUGCGUUGUAAACUUGCUGUCAUGAUUUCUCACUGCGGAUUGUGUGAGCCUAACUAUCUUGACUGUUUUAAAGGUACUUUAGAGACAAUACUGCCAUCACAGUAUGAACAUGAAGUUUGCAGCUAUGAGCCUCUUGAUGGGGACAAUUUCAAGUGCCAAUUCAGGUUGAAAAUAAGCAGUGAAGAACAAGUACAGAAAUGGUUGCAAGAUUUCAAAAGGGGGACCAAUUCUUCGACAUGGAAGGUGGCUAGGACUUAUCCAGAUGCUGGUAAAUUCAACCAAUUUAGGGUCGAUUUACGAUGCCAACAUAACACCAGGUACACCUCGAGACCUGGGAAAAAAACUAAAAAUACAUUUUGUCCUGCCUCGGCAUUCAUCGUGCUCAAACGAUUCAUAAAGCAUUCCAGGUCUAAGGAUUCCCACAUCGAGAAAGGACUCUUGUUCAUUGUGACCUUGAAUUACGCACACAACCAUCCCCUGUCAUGUGCAGAUGCUUUGAGAAGGAAUGAUGUAUCUGAAGCCACGGAGGAGAAGCUUAGAAGUCUCUUCGAGCAUGGUCACUCACCAAGCUCCGCUCUGGACCUGUUGAAGGACGAUCUCCCGGAGGAACACGGAGACAAUUACAUCAACGCCUCUGCCGAUAGGUCCUUGUGCCCCGAUGUUCAGUACUGUUACCGGUUGUAUGCUAAAAUUUUCAAGAAACGAUAUGGAGCAGCAUCCGGUGAAGAGAUGUAUGCUGACCUUGAAAGAAAGAUACAUGAACUUAACGAAGAGCAGCACCGGCUAUGCGCCAAAAUUAAAGUGACACCUAACAAUCAAACAAUUGUUGCCAUUUGCACCCCUCUUAUGAAGAGGGUACAUGAAAAGAUGAAACAUAGUGGCGAGAUUAUUUACGUCGAUUCAAGCGGGAACUGUGACCGGCACAACAGCCGCAUCUUUGUGGUUUUAACACACUCAUCUGCUGGCGGCCUUCCACUUGGGAUGCUCAUAACUACGUCAGAAUCAAUGCCCACAAUUCAAGCAGGAUUUAGUCUCCUCCAGUCUAUCCUACCAGAGAGGGCAUUUUUUGGAAGGGGUGCAAUGGGGCCGCAGGUUAUCAUGACGGACGACUGUAAAGCCCUCCGUCAAGGACUGCAUGCAGUGUAUCCCCAGUCAUCGUUGAUCCUGUGUGUUUUUCACCUGCUACAAGCCCUCUGGAGAUGGUUGUGGGACACGCAUAACCAUAUUAGCAAGCAGGAUCGUACAUACCUCCUUAACACUUUCAAGGAGCUCAUUGGUGCCGACAACUCUUUAGAUUUAGAAAGCCGGUUUCAACAGAUUCAGGAAGACAAAGUAGUUGCAAGGUAUCAACAAUUCAAGGAGCACUUAGCAGAGAUCUUCGCGAGGCGCAAUGCUUGGGCUCUUUGUCUCCACCAAUCUGCAAACCUGCCUCUUCGAGGAAACGUAACGAACAACUUCGUUGAGGAUGCCAUGCGGGUAAUCAAGGAGAAGAUGUUUAACCGACCCAAAGCCUUCAAUGUUACCCAGUUGUUCCACUUCUUGGUUACCCGUUUGACUUCGUACUACGAGCACAGAUUGAUAGAUGUGUCAAACAACCAGAUGACGAACCCUGCUCAGUCAAAAUACAGAAAGGAUGUCAAAGACGUCAAUGUAGACGGCAUAAUACAUGAAACUGAUUCUACUUACGCUGUACCCAGUGCGCAGUCGGAAGUUGUCUAUUAUGUCGACACAAACUUGGAAGCAUGUACCUGUACCAAGGGAGGGAGUGGUGGGCCCUGCAAACAUCAGUACGCCGUGAUGAAGAAGUUCCAUGUCACCAAUUCGAACUGUCUUCCAGCUACAACGCCGCAUCAAAGGAAAGUUUUUUACCAAAUCGCAACGGGUAGAGUUGAUGUACCGGACGAAGGGUUUGCGGACCUUCUCCCUGACGAGCAAGCCGACUUUCUUCCUGACGAUGACGACAUGAUGGUUGCCUCCACGUCAAAUGUACGGGAUACUCAAAUCGAAAGACAAGACUCUUUGCACAGAGAUCUUCAAAAUAACUUUUCUCACAGAGGACAGAGAACGCGCACUAGCAGCCUUUCAAACAAGCUUGACAAUAUGUUUGAAACCCUACGUUUCAAACUUGAUAAUGACGAGGAAUCCUUCCACGCUCCGCUCACUAAGUUCGUUGAGCGGUUUGAGCACAUCACUACGGACAGUGCUCUCAUAUCUGCCUUGUCGACAUUUGGCAAGUACAAUAGCGGCUUUGCCUUGUCAAAAAAUUCUAGCCAUGUUGGCCAAAGGAGAGCGAUGCUCACCUCAAAGAAAAUCGGUGUGCAACCAACAGCAGUCAGCCGAAUGAAGACUACAGGUGGUAGAAGAAGGGCACCUAUUACUGGACGCCCAGUAAAAGGAACUCAGAAGGAGCAUAGUUAAUAUGCUCGAGCAAAGAGCUCUGUGAAGAGAGGCGUUCUUUCAAGAAGUCACGAUCGUCCAGCGCCACAUUCACUUUCACAAUGUGUAGAAAGAAACAUGGCAUUGGGCAUGUUGGGUAAACAUUCUUCGUCGUGUUAAGAUGACUUGACAAGAAGAGCGCGAGCGGAUCCGGGGGGGGGGGGGGGUGUAGGGUUGUGGGGACUACGUGCCCCCAGCCCACUUAAGGAUCUUCAUAAAAUAUUUCAAGAAUGGUUGAUAAAUGCUAAUUAUUCUUUUUUCACUUGUUUUUAAAUGUCUUUUCUUUAAAAUUUUUGUUUUGACUAUAGUUAAUAAAACAAUCGAAUUCUGUGCCCCCUUUUAGUAAAACCUGCAUGGAUCUGCCCCCACUUGACACUGCUAUUGUAAAAAAAGUUUUGAUAUUAUAGAAAGUUUCAAUACUGUUGAGCCUCAUUUUUCAAAUGAUUUAUUCAUGACAGAUGACUUAAAUCGUUGAGUUAUUCUUCACAUGUGAGAUUCCAGCCCACACAAAAGAGAAAACAAUGAAUUGAAUAAACCCUCACAGAAAUAUAAAGUACACUUAUCCAUUAAUAGAAGAAGGGCCUAUGAGCAAAGAAGAAUACGAUAAUCAUGAUAAUAAACACG